AAGGGAUGGUGAAAACUUGUGGGAUGAAAGAAUGCAGUCUUCUUCAGUUCUCGUUCUUAGUUUUGAGACACUCUAUUGGUCAAUUCUACGAUGUCGCGAUACUAGUGUGGCCAAUCGCAGCACAGCAGCACCAAGUCAAAUCGAAUAUUUUGGAGUGAGUGAGGCUCAAGCUUCCAGAGUUGUGACUUGUGCUGCUUUGGGUCGGAUGAACUUUCUCCUCUCGCUGUAGCCUCACUGUCUAUGGUUGGGACUUAUAAGUCAGACCACAGCAGAAAAUCUUCAUUGAUUUUAACCAGGCCGAGGCUUCACAAUGGACAAUGUCGCAGUUUCAAGACGAAACCACAAGAAAGGAAACAAGGAAAAUGCCCAGCCUGCAUAUGGCAGUAAGUCCUUAAUGAGAAGAGAUAAAACGUCAGUUACUCCCUUCCAACUGGCAAGUAACACAAAAGAGCAAACCGUGGCAAAAACCAGCUCAAUUAAAGCCAAGGUGGACACAUGGUCGACGUCUGGCGAAGCUCUGAAAAAGGCAAAGACUGUACAGAAAGAUAGAAAAGGAGCUGGUGCCGCCACUGAUGUCAAGCUACGACAAACCCAUAGCCGGUGCUUCCUCACGGAACCGGCAGUGAAACCCAAGAAACCGGUUGCAGAAGCUCCAAAGCCACCGGCUGCUGCGCUGUCCUCAAAACCUGCUCUUGGCAUGUACAAAGGCAAGAUUGUCCAGUCCAAAAUAGGAUCCAUGUGGAAGUCAACCGCCACCGUGGGCGGGGCAGAUACCAAACCGCCAGCACCCAAAACGCAGGUCCAAAGGGCUGCAAACGUGACCAAACGCAGGUCCGUGUCCGUUGCUGACCUGCCUGUGCACGUCGUGCAAAAACCUGCAUCGACGAGGACCAAGUCGGUGUCUGAUGAACCUGCUCAGGCGCCCAAGCCUCCCACCGCCAGCCGUCCUCGCGCUGGGCUGUACAGCGCUCGCCCUGCUGCCAGAACCGUCCCGGCAACACUAGCCGGUGCCAGCUCCAGAAACGCCAAAGUGGCUCCCGCCAAGGGAAGUGGGACUCGGAGCGCAACGCCAAAGAUUCCAGGGGCGGACAAGAAGGUCAACAAACCUCCUGUGUCAAACGCCCUCAGUCAGUACAGAUGCACCAUAGAGACUGCCGAGGAAAAAAGAGCGAAACUGGCCGAGUGGCUAGCCUCCAAGGGCAGGACUUUCAAGAGACCCGCCAUGACAACGGCAGAAGCCUCUAAAACCAAAGUCUCUGCAAAACCGGAAGCUGAUCCCGAGCCCGGACAGGAAGCACACAAUCCAGGCCCUGCCGCUGCUGCUCACUGUUCCGGGUUAACACCCAGCCAAACUCCAGUGACCAUGAGCACCACGCUGGACCAGCUGGAAAACUCUGAUGCCGAUCUGCCUGUUGACCCACAGGACGGAAUCGAUGAUGUUGUGGUGAACCUGUUUGCUGCUUUGGAUGCCUUUCCAUACGAGGACGAGCUUCCACAGGUGACGGAUGUGUGCAAUAAUGUUGAAAUGGAGGACGGCAAACAGAAGGAUGAAUGUAAAACUGAGGAGCGGAAGGAGGAGGAAAUGCACGAGGAGGGCGAGCAGCCAAAGGUUGAGCAAGUGAAGGAUGGAGUAGAAGAAAGUAGUGCCCAGAAAGUGGAGACAGAUGAAGAAGUAGAAAGUGAUGAUGAUGAUGAUGGUGUGAUGGAGACCGUGCCACAGAUGGAGGAUGCUUCAGUAAUAAAGUACAACGUGAAGACCACUCCGUACCUGCAAAGUGUGAAGAAGGCAAUUGAAGACGAGGCCAGCACAAGUACGUCCAGAAAAAAGAGCCACAUCAAAGAUGUGAAGUUUCUGACCCCAGUGCGCCGUUCCUGCCGCAUCGAGCGCACGUCGUCCCGCCUGCCGGCGAUGCUCGCCGACCACGACCCCUGUGUGUCCUCGCUGGCUGAGCUGGUGCAGCUGGAUGACGGCGACGCCGCCAACGCCUACGUCUACAGAAAAAACCACGCACUGCUGCAAGAUCAGCCCCGACUGUGAGGAGCUCUGUAAAU